GCGCGGGCCAUGUGGGGACCCGGGGUCACGGCCGAGGGCCUGUCGGUGGCGCCGGCGCCGCCACCCCUGCUGCCGCUGCUGCUACUGCUGGCGCUGGCGCUGGUGGCGCCCUCGCGGGGCGGCGGGGGCUGCGCGGAGCUGGCGUGCGGCGAGCGGGAGCGCUGCUGCGACGCGGCCAACGCCACGGCGGUGCGCUGUUGCAAGCUGCCGCUGCACGCCUUCCUCGACAACGUGGGCUGGUUCGUCCGCAAGCUCUCCGGGCUGCUCAUCCUGCUGGUGCUCUUCGCCAUCGGCUACUUCUUGCAGCGCAUCAUCUGCCCCAGCCCACGCAGGUACCCGCGCGGGCAGGCGCGGCCGGGGCCACCGGGGGGCGCCGGGCAGCCGGGGGCCGCGCGGCCGCCCGACGACAACGACGACGACGACUCGCCCGCGCUGCUGCGGGACGAGGCGGCCGCCGGCUCUCAGGACUCGCUGCUGGACAGUGGAGGCGGUGGCCGGGGUCGGGCCCCUUCCUGCGCCUCGGAGCACGAGCUGCGCGUAGUCUCGCCGGUCUUCCUGCAGCUGCCCAGCUACGAGGAGGUCAAGUACCUGCCAACCUACGAGGAGUCCAUGCGGCUGCAGCAGCUCAGUCCCGGGGAGGUCGUGUUGCCCGUGUCGGUGCUCGGCCGCCCGCGAGGUGGAGGCGCCGGGGAGUCCGACGGCGGCGGCGAGGGCCGCUUCCCGCUCAUCUGAGCGCCCGGGGCUUCGCGAGGACCACCCGGACAGAACCGGGCCGGGGGCUACGGGUGGGACGCAAGG